CCCCGUUACUCUGACACGGCCACGUCCGGCAGCGAAAGGGUGCGGGCGUCGUGGGUGAAGGAAAUGGGAGAGACCUGGCCGGACUCCCGACAUCCUCCUCCUCCUCCUCCUUCCCGGCCCCACCUCCCCGGCACCGCUUAACUGCGGCCGCGGGGCCACCGCAUCCCGUCCGUCCCCGUCCCGCCAUGCUGAGGCUGCUGCUGCUCUGCGGGGCUCUGGGCUGCGGGGCCGGGAGCGAUGCAGCCCCGCUCACCUUCAUCAUGCUGCAGUGGACGCAGGUAUCCAAGGGCAGCUCCGUCUUUUGGGGCAACGCCACGCUGGGCGGGCGGCUCAGCCACAUCCUGGAGGAUCACAACGUCACUCAGGUGCUGCCCCUGGAGCCGCCCGCAGUCUGGGCACAGCAGCGGGACAUGGUGGCCAACUACCUGAGCUACUUCAGCGGCAUAGUGCAGGUCUUCAGCAAGGAGAGGCCCCUCAACUACACCCAAAUCCUGCACUGCCGCCUGGGCUGCUGCCUCUUCCCCAAUGGCACGGCCCACAGCUUCUAUGAGGUAUCCCUCAACGGAACAGCCUUCCUCACCUUCCACGUCCCCACUGCCACCUGGGAGCUCCGCUGGCCACGCAGGGACCCAGUGGCCGCUUUUGCCCAGCGAGAGCUGAUGAAGUACUCUGAGACCACGCAUAACCUACAGCACUUCCUCAACACCACCUGCGUGGACAUCCUGCGGGCUCAGAACCCUCAGACAGGGAAGCAGAGAGGCCGCUCGCACGCCCCGCUGGUGCUGGGUCUGAUCCUGGGGGUCUCCGCAGUGGUGGGUAUGGCUGUGGGCAUCUUCUUGUGCACAGGAGGGAGCUGCUAGCAAAACCAUGGCUGGCCUUGGUCACUCCAUGGGCACAGGGGACCAAACCCACAUCAUCUCAUGGGGACCCCAGCUGGGAUGGUUUCCCUGCCCCAGGGAUGGUGCUCACAGUGCAUUGAGGCGUGGAACCACGCUUGGCCUGGAUGCACGAAAUGCAGAGAGGGGUGAAAACCAGAAGAAAGCCAAAAAGGGUGAAGAGAUUGGUAUUCAGACCGUGAUUCAUCGCCACUCUGGGGUGAAAGGGGAUGGAUGCCUGGAGGACAGAUGUCACAUCUGGGAAAGGACCUGUCGGUGGUCAUCCAUCUCCGUGCUGAACAGCCCUGCUCCAGGGCCUGGUGCAAUAAAGCCCUUCUGCCCCCAGACUUGUGUCACACUUUCUUGCAUGGGGGGAGGUUACACAGCAUGCACUGAGCUUGCACAGCCUUGAGAGAGGCUGCAGGGCUUGUGCUGCCUGAUCUCACCCCGACUGUAUGCUGCUUUGCUUGUGCUCAGUUUGGCUGCAGCAGCAAUUUUCUCCCUGAGGCCAAUUGGUGUCAUUUAUUUUUCUUUUACCUCCCUAUGGCACACUGAGGCUGACUAUAGACAGUUUCUCCUGGACAGAUUAAAGGGCUCAUCGCUGUCACAUAUGGGCAUGGGAUCCCCAAAAGCUGGGUGAAGGAAUGGGAAAAAAGAGUGGGUGCUGACACUGGUGCAAGGCAGACCUGCUGAAAGCACAGACACUGUCACAAACACAAUAUUCUUACCCUUUGGCAGCAAGGAGGGGAAAGCAGAAACAGAAGUGGGAUGGGAGAUGACAUAGCAAUGUCCACAACAGGGGACAAAGGUCUCUCGAGAGACUACAGCUCAUCUGCUGGAGCUGCCAGGCAGCCCUGGCCGCCCUCCAUCACGCAGCCCCCCACCCUUCAGGGGGCUGCUCCAGCAGAGUGAAACAGCAGCCAAGUGUCCUGGGAUCCAGAGCACCAAUUGAGGCAAACAUCAGCACUCAGCUGGGUGGGAGGCCAGCUGUGCUGUG